UUAAAGCUACACAGCCAUUCUACUGGUGUAAAUAACAGUCGUUAAAAAGUGACGCCCGUCUCGUUUAUAGAAAACAUGUUUAUCAAAUCUUGUCAUCAACGAGAGGAAACUUAGUUGUGGCGUUUUUGACAAAUUCGAGAAUCGGAGGCAAAAGCUGGUCCGGCUCGAUGAGUGGCGGGCGGUGGGAGCGGUCCGGGCUGGAGGUGGGCACCAGCAGUGACCGCUAGCUUGAUGUCACACUUUAGCCUACGAGCCGAAGGGGGAACCUUCCACCGGGGUUAGGGGUAAGACGCCGACGUCGUGGUGACAGAUGAAGAGUGACGGGCACUGCUGCUUGCGGACUUUGCUCUUUUUUUUGUCCGAAGCAGGAGAAUAUUUAAUGAACAUCAAUUUCUUUUGUUUGGGGGGCGGAUAUAUUUAAACGCGAUUAGCGAUUGCUACAGGGAAGCUAGCUAGCAAGCUAGCUAGCCAACUAACUGGUCGCCAUCUCCCCUCUCGCUGUCGGGAGUGAUUGGCCGUGUGUCUUCCGCUAUGGGGAACGCUGCCACCGCCAAGAAGGGCAACGAGCUAGAGAGCGAGACAUUUGUUACAGAGUUUCUAGCCAAAGCCAAAGAAGAUUUCUUGCGGAAAUGGGAAUGCCCACCACAGAGCACGACGUGCCUAGAUGACUUUGACAGAUUAAAAACUCUGGGCACCGGCUCGUUUGGGAGGGUCAUGCUGGUGAAACACAAAGGAACAGAACAUUACUUUGCCAUGAAGAUACUGGAUAAGCAGAAGGUGGUGAAACUUAAACAAAUAGAACACACUUUAAACGAGAAGAGGAUAUUACAAGCCGUGAGCUUCCCCUUUCUCGUCAAACUGGAGUACGCCUUUAAGGACAACUCCAAUUUGUACAUGGUGAUGGAGUAUGUUCCCGGAGGCGAGAUGUUCUCACACUUAAGACGAAUUGGAAGGUUCAGCGAGCCGCACGCGCGCUUCUACGCUGCCCAGAUUGUGCUGACAUUUGAAUACCUCCAUUCGCUAGAUCUCAUCUACAGAGAUCUGAAACCUGAGAACCUUCUCAUCGACCACCACGGCUACAUUCAGGUGACGGACUUCGGAUUUGCCAAGCGAGUAAAAGGCAGAACCUGGACGUUGUGCGGAACACCGGAGUACCUGGCCCCAGAAAUCAUUCUCAGCAAAGGCUACAACAAAGCUGUGGACUGGUGGGCCCUAGGAGUCCUCAUUUAUGAAAUGGCGGCCGGCUACCCUCCGUUCUUUGCCGACCAGCCCAUUCAGAUCUACGAGAAGAUCGUCUCUGGAAAGGUGCGCUUCCCCUCCCACUUCAGCUCGGACUUGAAGGAUCUGCUUCGGAACCUGCUCCAAGUGGACCUGACCAAGCGCUUCGGUAACCUGAAAAACGGUGUCAAUGACAUCAAGGGCCACAAGUGGUUCGCCACAACGGAUUGGAUUGCGAUCUACGAAAGGAAGGUGGAGGCCCCGUUCAUACCAAAGUGCAGAGGCCCUGGGGACACCAGCAACUUUGAUGACUACGACGAGGAAGAGAUCCGCGUCUCGGUCACGGAAAAAUGUGUGAAGGAGUUUGCCGAUUUUUAGGGACGGAACAGAACGGGACCUGCCACAACAGGAUAUGUCAGGGAAAUAAAGGGAUCUUUGCACUCUUCUGACGACUUGGAAAGUAAGCAGAGAUGACAUUUCAUCGCACCGUCCUAUUCUUCCCACUUGUACCACACACAGCUCAAUGAGGUUGCCAUGAUCUUUUGGUGCCGAUAACCUCUCACUGUCACCUACAUCUGCACAUUAAAGCAGACUCACCACCUUUUUUUCCCCUUUUUUUUGAAGUCCACUUUUUAUUUUGUCCUUUUUAAAGGAGGGCAGUGGUCUUCACCCCCUUUUUAAAUAGACAAAGAGAGGACACAAGGGAUGGACUCGUGUUGCAUUCGUGGCCCGGUAAGGGGAGGUAGCAACUGUCAUUUGUCCUUGUUUUGUGAGAUACAAAGUUUUUAAGAGGGCGACUGAUCAGAGUUUUUCUUUCUUUGCUUUUUGCCUCAGAAAGAAUGAGAGCAAACACAUCACCCUCGGUAUUCCCAACGCCUCGCGCUGAGAAUAAGAAAUCUUAUUACAUUAUUACACAUACAUUGUUACUCUGGUUUUUGUCCCAGUGUCUACUAUAUUACUUGUGUUUUUACUGUAUUUUGUUUUCUUCCCUAGAAUUCAGGUCUGUUUCGAACAGACUUCUUUGUUACAACACAAUGUGACUGAUCUAUAUUGAAAGAGUGAAAAGAAAUCCUUUUGGGAUUUUCGAAAUGUAUUCUAAGAGGUGAGAAGGCCGAUGUGAAUAGUGUUGAAGCGUUGCGCCUCGGUGUGUUUAGUAAAAGAAAUACAGACUCUAUCAUUUAUUGAUUUUGACAAUUUAAUUAACAACAUGAAAACACAGCUGGCUUUCUUUGUUCCCACCCAUGAAGGAUUGAUUCUGUUUCAUUCAAUUUUUUUCAAGGACAGUGGAUUGCAAAAUUAUUAGUUGUGCAUAUUUGAAUGCUUGGAUUUCAAGGUACUGUUUUCCUCACCUCAAUACACUGGCUUAAUGAAGAACUGCUCCUUUGUAUCACAUGUAAGCCCUGUUCUUGUUCAGCUCAUUACAUUAUACGUAUAUGCAUUGUUUCAUAUGUUUUUAUUUAUAAACAUUAGAGAUGCUAUUAAAUUUUAUUUUUAAAAGUG